AUGCCUAAAAAUAGGAUUAUUGAAUUACAAAAGAUAUUUCAGUCCUCGACGAAACCUCUGUGGUGGAGGCAUCCAAGAUCUCCAUAUCUAUUAUAUCCAUUUUAUGGACUAUUUGCAGUAGCAGUUGUUACUCCAUUACUAUAUAUUCCUAAUGCGAUUAGAGGUAUAAAAGCAGAAAAGAAGUGA